AUUAAAUCUUUUGUAGUUGACCCACCAAGACAAAAGCAGCAAUGAAAUACUUUGUGAUCUGUGCUCUGGCUGCUCUCGUCCUCAUCCAGGCUUCAUCGACUUCGGCAUUUAAGGUGAAGCGUGUUAUCUAUGUGGUGCCAGCAGCCCCUGCAUCUACCCCCACGGUUCCGUCAUUAACCACCACGGUAUCGCCAUUAACCACCACAGUUUCGCCAUUAGCCACCACCACCACAGCAGCACCUCCUGUCGUGGUGCAGGUGGUCUACUGCUCCUGGAAGAACAACUGGUGUCGCUCCAACGCGAAUAGCGUGAGGAAUUGCAAAUGGGGCCUGUGCAAGUUCUACGGAUAGGAAAGUCAAAUAAAAAGAAAGUUUGAAUUUUUUUUUUUUAGCACAAA